ACAAAUAUUUAUUGUUGAUUAAUUUUUGUUGUUGGCCACAAUGAAUUCAUCGAAAAAUAAUGACGCAAACAAAUCACUUGUUGUUUAUGAAUCACAUACAGUAUGGAUGAAUAAUUUAUUACAAAAAUUAGGAUUAAUUGAAAUUACUGAACAAAAAACCGAAAACAAUGAUGAUAAUGUAAUCAAUGAUGUUGAUGUGAAUGGAAUCAAUAAUGAUGAUGAUGAUGAUGAUAAUUCGGAUAAUGGUUAUGAUGAUGAUGUUUCAUGUGAUAAUUAUUUGAAAAAUUUAGAUCCAAAAGAAUGGAAAGAUCAAGAUCAUUAUAGAGUAUUGGCACUUAGUAAAAAACGAAUCAAUGCUAGUGAAAGUCAAAUUAAAAAAUCAUAUCGACGAAUUGUUUUACGACAUCAUCCGGAUAAACAAGGUCAAAAUAUUGAUUUAAAUUGUCAUUAUUUUUCCUGUAUUACAAAAGCAUAUGAAAUUUUAAGUGAUCCGGCUAAACGUCGUUCAUAUGAUAGUGUUGAUCCAACAUUCGAUAAUACGAUUCCAAAUCCAACCACAUAUAAUAAGAAUAGAUUUUUCGACAUUUUUACACCAGUAUUUGAAUUGAAUGCUCGUUGGUCAUUGAAAAAACCAGUACCAUUAUUAGGUAAUCAAGAUUCAACAUAUGAAGAAAUAAAUGAUUUUUAUUCAUUUUGGUAUAAUUUUGAAUCAUGGCGUGAAUAUUCUUAUUUGGAUGAAGAAGAAAAAGAAAAAGGUGAAAAUCGUGAAGAACGUAGAUAUCUGGAUAAACAGAAUAAAAUAGCACGUGCACAACGAAAAAAAGAAGAAAUGCAACGUAUUCGACAAUUAGUUGAUAAUGCAUAUCAAUGUGAUCCACGUGUUUCAAGAUUUAAAGAAGAUGAAAAGAAACGACGGCAAGAACAAAAACAAGCUAAACAAGCAAGUAUUAAAGCAAGAAAAGAAGAAGAGGAAAGAAUUCAACGUGAAAAAGAGGAACAAGAAAUGGCUGAAAAAAAACGUAAAGAAGAUGAAGAACGACAAAAACGUGAUGAAGAACGUAGACAAAAAGAAAUGAUGAAAAAAAAGACUAAAAAAGAAAUAAAAAUGUUGGAAACAUUUUUGGAAAAAGAAAAUUAUUUUGCCAAUGAUCAAUCAAUAAAAAUUGAACAUAUGAAAGAAUGUGAUAAAAUGACCAAAUUAUUAACAUUAGAACAAAUAAUAGAAUUUCGUAAACAUUUAGAAUCCAUUGAUAAACGAGAAGCGAAAAAGAAUUAUUUUCUUUUGGAAAUUGAAAAAAUGAAUAAAAAAUUGGAAGAAGAACGUUUGGAAUUGGCAAAAAAUAAUAAUAAUGCAACUAUAAGUGGAACUGGUUCGACAACUGGCCCGACAACCACUUCAACGAAAAAACAUUGGUCUUAUGAUGAUGUUCAAAUAUUGAUAAAAGCUGUUAAAUUAUUUCCAGCUGGUACACCAAAUCGUUGGACAGUAAUUGCCAAUUAUAUUAAUGAUAAAACCGAUUCGAAUAUUGUUCGUAAUCAUCGUGAUGUUCUGGAAAAAGCUAAAGAUUUACAAAAAUCAAAUGAACAACAACAAGAUCUUAAAGAAGAAGCCAAUAAAAAUGCAUUCAAAAAACUUGAAAUUCAUGCUACACAAAAUGUUAAUGUUGCUCAAGAAUCUGCACCAAGUCAACGAUAUGAUGCUCCAAGUUCAAUAUUAGAAGUAAAUGAUAAUCCAUGGACAAACGAAGAACAACAAUUAUUGGAACAAGCAAUGAAAACAUAUCCAUCAAAUUUAGGUACAGAAAGAUGGAAUCUAAUUGCCGAAUGUAUUCCUAAUCGAUCAAGAGCUGAUUGUAUAAAACGUUAUAAAUAUUUAGUUGAAUUGGUUAAAGCUAAAAAUUUAGCUAAAAGUAAAGCAAAAAAAUGAUUAUUUUUUUUCUCAUAUUAUUAUAAUUAAUUUGAAUUGUAAUUUCUUUUUUUUUUGUAAAAAAAAUUGAUUGAUUGAUUGA